AUGAGUAAUCAAGAACAGGAAUCAACCGAGGUAACAAGUGUUUCUGAAAAUCCUGAAAUUCAAACAACAAAUGAAAAUCAAACUACAAAUGAAAAUCAAACUACAAAUGAAAAUCAAACAUUAAAUAACAAUGAAGAUAUUGAAAAAUCAAAUGUAAACGAAAAAUCUUCUUCAUCAGAAAAUAAUACUUCAAAUGAACAAGAAACAACACGUCGAAUAUUAAUGCCACAAGAUAUUCGUUAUUCAACUGAACAAGGUGAUCGAGAAAAACUUAUGGAAAAAUAUAAUAAUUAUCAAAUAUCUGAUAAAAAUUCUUGCAAUAUUCGUUUUUUAACUGAUCAUCGACAGAAGAAAAAUCUUCUAAGUCGACAUGAAGAAGAAAAUUCAUCUUUACAUUCCAUUGCGAAUACAUUUCAUGUGAAAAUACUUCCAGGUUAUCAAAAUCCUACAAAACAUUCAUUCAAAAUUUUCGGUACAGAAGCUAAUGUACGAAAAUGUCUUAUUGAGCUAAUGAAUCGAAUGUUUAAACAUUUAAAUCGAACAACAAUACAAAAUGAUAGUGAAAAUAUUAAUCAACAAACUCCAACACAAAAUAUUGAAAAACCUCAAGAAACAGAAGUUUCAAUUGAUAAUGAAAAGUCUGAUGAUAAAUCUUCUUCUUCUCAUGUAACAUCGGAAGUUAUAACAACAAUUAAUCCAGAUUCAUCAAUUAGUGAAGAAAAAACUGAUACUAAUAAAGAUGAUAAUAUUGAACAAGAACAAUUGAAAUUUAUACCAAUUGAACGAAAACCUGAAUAUACAUUUUCAAUGCUUAUAACAAGUCAAGGACAAGAAGUACUUAAAAAAAAUUGGAGUUUUUUUGCUGGAUCAUUACAACAACGUUUAAAUGUCACUGUAACAAAUCCUUUAAAAUUACCUAAAUUUGGUGAUAAACAAUGGCAAAAUGAACUUUCUAUUACUGGUGAUUUAUAUGAAAAUAUAAUUGAUGCUGCUCUACAAAUAACUGCUUUUAUUAAUGAUGUUCUUGGUAUACCUAUUCAACCAUACAAAGAUGAAGAACACACAAUUGGUGAUAAUAAUAAUUAUCAACGUACAAAAACAAAUAAUAACAAUGAUUAUCAUCAACAACAACGUCGUCAUGAUUAUAAUAAUAGUUAUCGUCAAUCACCAUCUCAAUAUCAAGGACAAUCAUCACCAUUUAAUAAUUAUCAUGAACGAACAUUUUUUAAUCGUGGUCGUAAUGGUGCAUUUGAACAAGUAAUUCUUAUUCGAAGUAAUUGUGCUGCACGUAUUAUUGGUACACGAGGUUCUAAUUUAAGACGUAUACAAGCAAAAUGUCAUUUACGUGAUAUUGGUUUUGCUCGUCAUCCAAAUGAAAAUGGUUAUGUUGAAUGUACAUUAUCAGCAUAUCAAACACGUAAUCUUAAUUUUGCUAUUGAUACAAUACGUGGUUAUUUAAGAAAUGAAGAUGAUCAAGCUAUGCAAAUAUUUGAUUCUUAUUAUGUUGAAACUCCAUUACAAUCAUCAUCAUCAUUUCAUCAUUCACCUCAAUAUGAUCAACCACAACUUUCAAUACCUAAUCAAAAUCUUGAACAUUUUCAUCAACAUAAUCUUUCAAAUAAUCGUUAUCAAGAACAAGAACAACACCAACAACAACAAGAACAAGAACAACAAUCAAUACCAUUUACUACAUCAGCUGAUUUAUCUCAAGUACAUAAAGAAUUAGGUUUUAUGACAAGACCAUUACAUCUUGCUAAUAAUACUCAAUUACCUCAACCAUCAUAUAAUUUUCAAAAUACUCCAUCAUUUGAUUUUACUCAUCGACCAACAUCAGCUUCACGUAAAACAGAUAAACGUCCAGGUGAAGUUAAUGAUUUUAAUAAUACAAAUAAUAUUCAAAAUCGAACAUCAAAUGAUUUUCAAUAUCAACACUAUGGUGAUUCAUCAUCAUCAAAUUCUUCAUCAAUUUCACCACGACAUAAAUCUAAACGUACAUGUCCUGAAACAAAAGAAAUUGAUUGUACAACAGAUGAUGGUUUUUGGAUACAAAAACAAUAUUAUAAUGCAUUAGAUGAUACAUCAAAAGAAUUAUUUGAUUCAUUACUUGAUAAAUUAGAAAAAAUUCGUAUUGUUUCAGAAGAAAAUGCUGUUAGAAAACAACAACGUCUUGUUGGACGAAAUCGACCAAAUAAAUCACGAAUUUUUAAUUCAUCAAUAUCAUCAAUAACACAAACAAAUGAUGAAAAAGAUUUAACAAUUCAAUCAACACAAGAUGUUCAAGAUAAUAAAACUGAUGAAUUAACAAAUGUCGAUGAACAAGAAGAGAAAAAAGAUUUAACUAUUAGUAAACAAGAAACAACGACAGAUCCUGUUGAUGAAAAAUAA